CUCACCGCCAUCAUUCCUUCUCCCCUUUGACUACCGUCCUUUGCUGCUCGCCGUCCGUCCGUCCGUUGCACUUCGCUUUGCAUCCCAUUUCGUCGCAUUCGCCAUCACCACCUCCGCCCCGCCCGCCUUCGUUUUCACCCACGCUCGAUCGCGCCCCUGAUCCGGUUCCUCUGCCCUCCUUCGAUCCACCCACCGCCGACUGCAGACAAAUCGACGCGAGUCUUUCCACGUCUCCACCAGAAAACGCGUGUCGAGCACGCCUGCUUGCGAGACCUCCACACCGGAAGAGAGACUUGUGCUGCGCCCGUGCACUGUCACGCUUCGACCUGUAACGACCACAUACCAUAAUACUUUACACCUCGCUCCAUCAACGCGACACCUCUCGGCACAACACACCCGCCGAAGGUCAUCAGCUAUCAUAAACUCGGAAGAGGACUUUUCAUCUUUCGACGGCAAUUUGCGACACGAGUCGAACUCAUUGUCGCGGCGACUGGCUUCUCCGACUUUCAAAGAGGCCUACUAUUCUGUAAUCUUGUAAUUUUCACGACCGUCCUUUGUUCGACCGGCUUAAUUUAGCAGCCCGACGAAAGACACCGCUACGGACUGCAUCCGCACGACCUGCUUCUCCUGAGACUCUCGCCAGUCUCAUCAGCUGCGAUACUCGCCGCAUCACCUUUUGCUUUUUUCCACCAACGCAUUUCACGACAUCAGCACUUUACGCAUCUCAGGAUCCCACGACCUGAACAACAUGAGCAUUGGCACUGGCGGUCUUGCUCAAAUGACUUACAACAAUAACAACACCACCGGCAACGGCUUCUCCUCCAACGCCAUCGGUCUCCCGGGUUCUGGCUUUGCUGGACGUGGCCCACGCCUCAACCCCAAAAGGCUGAGCGUCGCCCUUCCCCCCAAGGUCGCUCCCAUCAAUGAGGACUCGGUCGACAACCCGACUCCUCGCACGAGCCGCUCGCACCUGCUUGCAGGUCUGCGCACUCAGCCGAAGACUCCAGUAGUCCCGGCUUCCGCUCCUUACCACCAGUCCCAGCAUUCCGCCUCCGACAUCUCCUCUUCCCAGUGGGCAGAUCAGACUUAUGGAGGUCAUGUCCGCGGCCAGACCGUCCCUCACAGUGCUACCGGCACUGGAUUCGACUUGCCCAGUCAGUACGCCAUGAACGCGGCGCGCCAGAUGUACGCCCUUCCCGAACAGGUCCUCGCGCCUCCAUCGGUCUACGAGCAGGAAGAGAUGGAUCCCAGUGUUCUCCAGCAGAUGCAGAUGCACAGCAUGUUUCUUGCCCAGCGCCAGCAGCAAUUGCAGCAACAGCUUGCGAACAUCACCGCGGCCACACAGACCAUGGGUUUGCAUGGUAACGGUAACGGCAACAACCAGCGAACUUCUUACCACCAGCAUCAGGGCUCUAUGGGCUCGCAGAACUUCUACCCUCUUCAGCUGCAGCAGCAGCAGCAGCAGAUGCCGGCUCCAAUUGAGGUUCCUGGUCAACCUGGAGUUUACCUUGUCUACAAUGCUGCGAUUCAAGGGUACACAUACGCUGUCGAUCCGAACUUCCAGCAGGCUCACCAGAACUUCUCCCCCGUCCAGCAGACGCAGCAUCAGCAGCAGAUGCCCAACGCAUUCGCACCAGCUCGUUAUGGAUCACCGAACGGCGCCUCGCCUCCAGCCACUGAGCGCUCCACUCCAAUCAACGGUCGCUCUUUCACACCACCAAAGAAUGCUGGCACUCCACCAACCACGCUCGAGUAUGUUGAGCCAUUGCCGCCACCAUCUGCUACCGCCUUCCGUCGCGGUCACAAGAAGGCGUCUUCUCUUGCCAUCAAUCCAUGUUCCAACGUCAGCGACGGUCCCAAGACCUCUUCCAAUGCUGUCUUCGGCUCCCAACGUUCGGUCUUCCCACCUACUCCCAUGACUGGUACCUUUGGCCCCGGAGCCGCCCGCGCCGGAGAGCAUCCCAUCCGCCAGCCACGAGGACCUCCACCGCUGGAGGAGCUUACCGCUGCUCCCACCAGCCAGAUGGAGGGAAGCAAGAACUUUGCGACCCGCCAACGCCGUCGUGCUCUCGACAGCUUGAUGAAGGCCGGUGGCGCUCGUCGCGGUGCAUCCUGCUCGUCUGGCGGUAGUCCCACCAGCGAGCGCGACGAUGCUGCAUCUUUCGGGAGCAACGGAAGUCGCAAGAUGAGUCCGAUCGGAUCGGAGAUGAAGGAGAAGCGCGGCAGCCAGGGUUCCGCCGAUGGCUACUUUGCAUUGAACUCGGCAUCUAGCAGCGAGAACGACGACUGGAAGCAGCCGCCGACUCCGGCGACGCCUUCUGCGCGUGGCGAUGGGGAUCGCAAGAAGAUGAUGAUGGGUGUGCUUAAUGCUGCUGAGAAGAGGAAGACCUAUGUCUUUUAGAUUGGCGAAAUGACACGGAUUGGCAACGAAUGGGAAUGACCAGAUUGGAUUUUGAUCGGCGAUAGAUGCAUUGGGGAGGGAACGAAUGGGAGAACGAAAACCAUAUUCGAGUAUGAACUCGGCCACCGCGUACCGCAGUGCGGCGUGUGGUGGCAGGAGUUCUAUGUUCUAUUCUGUGCAUAUUUACACAUUGGUUGAACCACAACAUUAUCUUAUCGGAAGGGAAAGGGAGAUGGAGGAGAGGAGAAGGAAGGGGUGCACUAUUGGAAAGAAUCGGAAAGGAGUGAUAUGAAAGUCUGAGAAGACAGACCGACAGAGAAGAAUGCACAUUACGGCCGAUUAUGAAGAUUCAAAUUACUUUAC